AUGGCGACGGCCGGAGCAGCGCUGGUGGCGCCGCUGCUGGCUCUUUGGAACACUCCUGCGCUCCGACGGAACUUCCCCUGGUUAUUUCUGGCCAUUUCGAUCGUGGGCUCGGUUCUAAAGGAGCUGGGCCUCGUCCCGCAGACUUAUUUCAGCAGCAGUAGGAACGUCGUCAACGUGUAUUUUGUGAAAGUGUCGUGGGGCUGGACGCUGCUGCUGCUGACCCCGUUCCUCCUCCUGUCCAACUCCUCCUUCAGCAGGAGUGUGUCCUUCCUCAGCCGGCGGCUGCUGUCCCUGGUGGUGGCCACGGCCGUCUGGUACGUCUGCACGGAGACCUUCUUCUACAUCGAGGAGGUGACCGGCAGCUGCUACGAGAGUGACACCCUGAGCCUCGUUAACCAGGACUUCCUGUCCAAGGCCAGCUGCAGGCGGGCCGGGCUGCACUGGCACGGCUACGACAUCUCCGGACACUCCUUCAUCCUGUCCUACUCCGCCCUCUUCAUCAUGGAGGAGACGGCGCCGAUGGCGUCCCUGAGGCCGUCGGGUCUGUCCGCCCUCCCCAGGACGGUGCUCAGCGUGCUCUACGUAGCCCUGAAUGUGAUCAUGGCUCUGUGGGUCUGGAUGUUCGCUUGUACCUCCGUUUACUUCCAUGACCCGUCACACAAGCUGCUAGGGACCGUAUGUGGCCUGUUGGGCUGGUACCUCACGUACCGGGUUUGGUAUCUAAAGUCUGCUUUCUCUCCUGGACUUCCCCCUAAGUGUCGUCCAAAAGAACAGAAACAGCACGCCUAAGCUGAAGCCGAAGCCAUUCUGGCUGCUAAUGGUUACUCAUUUUACAGUCGCCAUGAAAACAACACACUAUAGACCAGGGGUCGGCAACCCGCGGCUCUAGAGCUGCAUGCAGCUCUUUAGCGCCGCCCUAGUGGCUCCUGGAGCUUUUUCAAAAAUGUUUGACCUUUUUUUCCCCUUUUUUUCUUCUCUUUAUUUUCUUUUUUUUUUCUUUUUUCCUUCCCUUUUUAAUCUCAAUAUUUCGACUUUUUUCUCGACAUUUCGUUUUUUUCUCAACAUUUCGACUUUUUUCUCGAAAUUGUAUUUCAACAUUAAUCUCGACAUUUCCAGUUUUUUCUCGACAUUUUGCCUUUUUUUCGAAAUUUUGACUAUUUCCUCGACAUUUCCACUUUUUUCUCGAAAUUUUGACACUUUUCUUUACAUUUUGACUUUUUUCUCAACAUUUCGACUUUUUUCUCAACAUUUCGACUUUUUUCUCGACAUAUCGACUUUUUUCUCGACAUUUCACCUUUCGCCAUUUGCCUUCAUUCUAAGGCUGAUACAAGACUUUUCAUUUUUUGCGGCUCCAGACAUAUUAGUUUUUUGUGUUUUUGGACCAAUAUGGCUCUAAAACAUGUUGAGUUGCCGACCCCUGACCUAGAUGACAUGAUCUGUAUCUGGGAACACGCUAGCCUUGACACUUCUUUGACAGUUUUAGUUCAUUCCCGUCCCACAGAUAAGCUGUCCCGUGCAGACGACCUGUCUGUCCCGCUAUAGUGUUUGGUAAUGGCUUAUCCUAAAAUGCUACUUGGAAAUCUGAGAUAAAAGGAAGAGUGCUUUGCUGUGUUUCUAUAGGGAAUAAAUACAUUUUAGACUGAGAAGGGGUUUAUUCAUAACAUCACUUACAUCACACAGUAAUAUAAUUGAUGUUAUUGCUUUUAUUCAGUGUGUUUUUUCAGUCUGUGUAUAAGUUGUAACUCAGAAGGUUUGAGAGUCGUUUGGCUGCAUCACCCUUGUAGCUGAUGCUGAAAACUCAAUCUAUUCCCAAGGGUGUUUGAUUCCAAGUGUCAGAUUUUAAUUUUUACCUGACAUGCUCAUAAUUUCUUGAUUAAAUCCCAGGUAGGACCGGCGUGUAGAUAUCUGUGUUGAUGUGUGACAUUAACUCAACAUUGAAAGCACAGAAUACAGCACUGAUUCAGUGAUAAAUAAAUAUGCUAAAAGCUGAGCAUGGUCACUUUUAUUAUUUAAAAAAUCUGCACUUUUGACCAGAACUAGCCAUAAAUGAUUAAUUGCUAUCUCUUUGAGUCAUGUGGAGUGAGCUGUACGUGAUUAGUACCAUAGAUUUGUCAGUGCUGCUGCAGUCUACAUGCAAUCAUUUGGGAAUGCAAAAAAAAGACAAUUUUUCUGUUUUGAAAUUUGCUCCUGAUUUGCUGCCAGAUUUACACUUCUACUUUUACACGAUUAGUGAUAUUGAGCACAGAGAAUCAAUCAAAUGAAUUUUGAAACUAAUUGCUGUACAUGUACAUUUAAAUAUGGGACAGUGAAUAACCUGAUAGACAUUUUGAGUUUGUUAGUAAAAGUCAGUGUAUCAGUCUUGCAUUUGAAUGCCCUUAUAUGUAAUUAAUAGAAAUAAACAGGCACUGAGAAAUGGGUGACAGCGAAGCCUAUGAAACAAUACAAUUUAUACAGUCAAAACUUUCCUUUGGCAGUUCUCGCUUUGCCUUAUUUGCAUCUACAGCUUCUCUUUUUGCCAUAUUUAUUUACAUUCUUCAAGCCUUCAUGGAGGAAAAUGGAAUAGACUGAUACUUUUAUACAGUGUGAAUAGAGUCUGAAGAACAUUGGGAUAGAAAAGGAAGUGACAGCUGUUUAGUCAAUGGCUGAUUUUAUUUUUUUUAGCCACUGUUUAUAGUAUAUAAUAUAUUUCAGCUUCAGCCUUGAAGCACCUUAUAAUGUAAUAAUUUCCUGAAAAUGUAAUAAAAUGUGCACUUAACUCAAUCGAAAAUGUAAUAAAACCCAAUAAUGUAAUAACUUCACCAAUAAUGUAAUAAAACAUCCUGACUGAUAUUGUAAUAACAUUUUUACUGAUAAUAUAUUACAUUAUUGUUAAUUUAUUACAUGGUACUCAAAGUCUGCAAUUUAACCCAAUAGUCAUUCUGGUGUUUCAAAUCCAGCGUAUAGAACAUUCUUAGAUACUUAAAACACAAAAUGUUGAACUCUGGACUGAAAAUGAACUUAUUUAUUACAUUAUUUGUCAAGUAUUACAUUAUCAGUUUUGAAAAAGAAAAAAAAAAAAGACCCGCCUGAAAAUGUAAUAAAUUCCCAAUAAUGUAAUAAGGUAUUACAUUAUUGGUAAAAAUGUUAUUACAAUAUCAGUCAGGAUAUUUUAUUACAUUAUUGGUGAAGUUAUUACAUUAUUGGAUUUUAUUACAUUUUCGAUUGAGUUAAAUGCAAAUUUUAUUACAUUUUCAGGCGUUAUUACAUUUUCAGGAAAUUAUUACAUUAUAGGGUGAAAUCUUUACAUUAUAGGGUGAAAUUAUUACAUUAUAGGGUGAAAUCUUUACAUUAUAGGGUGAAAUGAUUACAUUAUAGGGUGCUACAGGGCUCUGUGGCUCACACUACACUACUGCUCGUCUGCCUUACACUGCGUUGUUUUAGUUCUGAUCAAAUAGCCUACUGGUAGUUUUUAUGAGUGGGAACUCAAGAAUGUUUACUCCAGUUGUGCAGCACUGGUGUAUAUGUAUAUAUAUAUAUAUAUAUAUAUAUAUACAUAUAUACAUAUAUAUAUAUAUAUAUAUAUAUAUAUACAUAUACAUAUAUAUAUAUAUAUAUAUAUAUAUAUAUAUAUAUAUAUAUAUAUAUAUAUAUAUAUAUAUAUAUAUAUAUAUAUAUAUAUAUAUAUGCUGAUUAAUUCAUACAAAUUGUGCUUUUUAUGUUGGAAACUACCUUCAGAAUGAACACUUACCGUAUUGUUCCUGUUCCUUAAAUGCUUCACGUAGGGCUGAAGUUACCUGCAUGUGUUUUUAUUGUUUAUUUGCUAAAAUUCUGAAAAACUGAUAAAAGGCAAACUGUUGAGUCUGAAAAUAUACUUUUUUUUUUAAACUGCACUCUAGGCUGUUGAAGUGGAUUAAAAAAAAAAUCUAAACUGGUUUAUAAAGCUAACAGUUCAUCAUAUUGUGAUACCUGUAAAGAUAAAGGUGCACAAUAUUUUAAAUUGGUGCCUGAAAGAUAAGUUUAUUGUUAAAUUCAUGUACUGAAAAUGUGUUCUCUUGGUACGUUUUUUUUCAGCACUAUGUACUGUAUAAUUAAUUAAUUCAUUCAUUUUAAUUACUGAGUUUUGGCCAAAUAAAAGCUUAAUUCUGUAAAUUCAGUUUUUAUAAUUUAUUGGUCAUUGGUGGCAACUGAAUAAAUUAAGGCUUAUGAACAAACAGAAUAAAAAGCAC